AUGAUGAUGGAUCAAUUAUCAACAACAUCAAAUGCAUAUAAUGCUAUGAUAUCGGCUGAGAAUUCCGUCAAAGGAACUAGCAACACAGUGGUCAUAUACAAACCAUUGGGUGUAGAUAUCCUACCACAAGGUUCCAUUAUCACCGAAGAGGAACAAGCAAUUAGAAACAGAGAGAAAUCGAUGACAUUAAUGUAUUCCAUUAAAGAAUCUUCAAUCAUCGAUCAACUCUUUAAAUUGAUUGCACUCAAUCAAAUUGAUGUAUUUAAACAAUUAUAUAACUAUAUUGAACAAGAUGAAUAUCUAUUGUUAUCAAAGGUUUUGAUGACCAUUUCGAUUGGAUGUAAUAGUUCACUGCGUUUGGUACGUUACUUUAUUCACUGUGACUAUAAGCAAGCGGUAGCAGGCAAUCAGAGUCCGACUAUGAGUAGUUUGCUUAACUAUUGCCGUGAGAUUGCAACGCAAUUCACCUCGACCGACUCGAUCGAUAAGCUACCGGUGCCAAUCAAGGUGGUCGCUAUGUUCUACCACGAGAUGUGGCCACACGAAGAGGAUCAAGGCAUCUCUAACUUCCUGAUUAAUCGAUUCUUGGUACAAGCAUUGCAGUCGCCGGAAUCGUACAGUCUCGUGCCACCACAGCUGCACAUCUCUGCACGAUCCUCUAGCAAUUUGACAAUCAUUGCCAAGAUGAUCUCUCACACACUCACCGGUACACCAUUCAAAUACGGAGAGGAAAAAGACAUUGAACAAACUAAACAAACCAUCAAGCAGAUCUUCCGUGAAUCCAAUUACUUUAAAUCUGUAUUAGGUUCAAGAUUCUCAACUCAAAGCUAUCAAUUCUCUAAUGAAGCAACAAUGUCACAACUUCAUCUUAUUCAUAGAUUACUAUGGCAAAAUAAACAAGAGAUACAAUCUAUGUUUAAGAAUGUAGAAUUUGGUACAGAAUUUGAUAGUUUAAUUAAUAAACUUGGUGAUUAUAAUAGUAGAAUAUCAUUACAAUCAAUUGCACCAAAUGAAUUAAAAUCAAUAAAGAAUUAUAUGAAUCAAAAGAAUGAAGAUAUAUCAUAUAUUGGAUAUAUUCAAAAGAAUGGAAAGAGAGGACCUGUAAAGAGAGUGUUGGUUGUCGGUACCAAUAAAGUGAUCACAUUUAAACAUACGAAUGGAAAGCUUGGUAGAGACGGUCAUCUGUUGGAUUUGGUUGAGAUCAACAGUCCCAGUGGUCAGCAGUUGGAUCUUAUCUUUAAGCGUCAUCAGAUAUCUUCGACCUCGGAGGAUUGCGAUCAUAUAAUCACUUGUAUUCGUCGUAUCUAUGAGUAUAGCUUCAACAAUUGGCCAUUCUCAAUGAAGAUGAAACUAAAGAUAACACCACAGUCGCGGUUGGAAGCGAUUGCACCAGCCGAUCAUACACCUUCCUCGAUUAUGGUCGCUGCCUACAAGUCGUUGUGCGCCUACUAUCAAUCACCGGUAAAGCCAAACGUUUGUUGGUUCAUCGAGAAUGCAUUCGGUCGUGAUCCAAAGAACAAGGUAUUCAACUUUAAAUUGUUCACCAAACAUACACGUGAGCAACUGAGCAACCAGGAUCUCAUCCCACUCAUCCACGCACUUCGUUACGACUGGUACUUUGAAGAGUUGGCCAUUAAAAACUAUCCAAUCACACUCAAAGAGUUGAUAACAGAGAUAACCACAAUGUUAUCUUCCAAUACAACUAUUAAUUCAAUUAGUUUAUCUAAUCUAUCAUUACCAAAAGAAUCGAUAAUGCAAAUAUUUGAUGUAAUUCAAAAUCAAAAGACAUUGAAUUUAACGAAAUUGGAUAUCUCAAAGAAUAUGUUUGAUGAGAAGAGUGUCAAUUCAUUCGUUGCCUAUUUACAAUAUGGUCAGACCGGUGCAAUUAAAGAGUUGAAUAUCUCUUCGAUCGGUGUUACUGCCAAUGCCAUCAAAUUGAUAUUCGAUGCCUUGAGAAGAGGUAACUUCCAAUCUUUGGAGAGUCUCGAUUUCUCUGGUAACAAGAACCUUAAAGAUAACUGCUUUGAUAUUGCUAAAUGGUUAUCCAACGAAGGUGCACACGUUAAAAGUUUAAAUCUAUCUGAUACAGAACUUAAACCAAAGAAUCUAAUCGUUGAUUUCGGUAAAUCUAAAUUAGAAACAUUAAAUCUAUCAAAGAAUGUAUUAAAGACAAGAGAUGAUGUUGUUGCUCUAAGUCAAUUGUUUAAUAAUUUGACAAACUUGCAAUCAAUCAUACUCAUUAGAACACUUAUUCCAUCGGAUUCUAUCAAAGAGAUGAUUCGCUUCAUUGACAAGAGAAAGUUGACACAAUUCAAUAUCGGUGAGAAUCAAUUGACUCGUACCGUUAUCACCGAUCUAAUUAGCUCGUCUGCUAUACAUUCAAUCCGUGUGCUUGAUCUUACCGAAAACAAGAAGAUCUCGGAUGGUGGUAUCAAAGAACUCGGUCGUGCACUCUAUGGAAACCAGAGUAUUGUCAAGUUGGUUCUAGACGGCAGCUUCAGUGGAAGUGCCGGUGCUCAACGUUCAAAGGCAGUGUUGGCCCUGUCAAACUUCUUGCAGUCGAGUCACACCAUCGAGGUGUUGAAGAUGCGUGGUGGUCCCGACAGAGAUCAACAACUACAAGGUUGUAUCAUUCCUUUACUACUUUCACUUGGUUCCGUACAAUCACUAAAGAAACUCGAUAUUUCACAUCACAUGAUCGAUAACUCUGGUGCAAUUGCACUGUCAAAGGCAAUCUAUCAGAAUCGAUCGAUUCGUACCCUACUUAUUGAUAACAAUAAUAUUGGUGCGCUUGGAUACGCCAACAUCAAGAACUCACUCAAACAAAACUACAUUAUCAAAGAGAUGCCAAUCCCAAUCAGUGAUCUCUCCAUCAUCUACAAGUUUGAUGGAACAUCCAAUCUAGAAAAGAAUAAGAUCAGAUCUUUAUUGUUCAAGAUUGAAUCAUAUUUAUUAAGAAAUCAACAAUAUUAA